AAUCAUGGAAGAAUGUUGGAUCUUUCAGCAAGACAAUGACCUGAAGCAUCAGGCUAUAAAAAUGAAAGAACUUUUUCACUGUCAAGUCCUGAAGAUUCUCGAUUGGUCAUUCUAUAGUCCUGAUCUUAAUCCAAUAGAAAAUCUCUGA